CGUCGGAAGUGGAGGCGGCGGGCAGUGAUACUUAUGAUAUGCAGUUAGAGCUGGUAGAUUACAGUGCCUGAGAAUGCCAAGCGCAUGUAACUGUCAUUGGCUUUGUCGUUUGCCCAUCCUUCAACGGGGCCCCAUGUGGGCCUGCACGCAAUGUUUGUACCAGCUCUGAAGGCUGUUGGCGACGAGGGCCGCGCCUUGCACACCUACGUGGCGGGACGCUUCCAGGAGGUGCAAGCCCUGGAAGCCUCUAGAGAGUGGAAGGCGCACUACCGCAUGCGCGCGCGGUCUAACGCCAUCUGGCAGUGCCGCCUUCACAAGACGACGUCAUGGCUGUUGACUUCAAGCUGUUUGCAGGCUGCUGCGUUCAUGGGGUGGGCACUGAUGAUCUACCCGCGCUGCGAUGCCCUGCUGACGGCAGGGGUCCUGAUCAACAUUUUAAACGUCGUGUGGGCUGUCUACGCCGUGUUGCGUUGGUGUGGAAGUGGAAGGGUUGGGCCAGAUCCCGUUGUGGCUUGGUUCAAUACACUUGAGGACGCGGACACCGCCUCCGUUGCUUCCGACGAGGAGCCACACGACGAGAGCGGCAGUGGCCUGGCUGCCGAGGGCGCGCCCGAGGGCGAGGACCCGCCCGCGGGCGGCCGUCAUCGGCCUGGCUCCGUGGUCGUACAGAACCUUGACCUGGCGGAGACUGCACAGAAGACGGUGGUGGUGGAGAACAGUCCAGUCAAAGGGGCUCGUGCCCAGGCGGCGCCAAGGAGAAGUAGGGCUUCGGCCAGCAGGGCCUCGACCCCGCCGCCGCCGCCGACAAUCCAGUCAGACAGCGGAGGCGGCGCUUGAGGGAGGCGCCAGAAGUCUUGGCGUGAGCCGCGCUGCGACCGCGUCCUGCGGAUGGCCUUCGCACUUGUUUCGGUUCCCCUACCUGUGUCACUCUGGCCCUCUUACCCCGCUCCCUGCCCCUUAAUUACAUGUUGUCUGUGUCAGGCAAAACGCCCUUCUUUGCGGCCAUCGGCGGGAGGAACCACGGCGGAAGUGUGCACUGCAAUUAGUGCCUGCCGCUUACCCGAACAGUGACUCGGGCCAAGUGUGCGCGCAGUCGUUCGUCAGAUUCGAUCCAUCCACUCUUUCUCGCCAUGUCCUGCAUGCCCGGAUCAGCAGCGCAGCUAA